ACACAUGCGCACUUUCACCAAGAAGCCCGCCUUGAGUUGGGUACAGCAGCAGUAUUCUCAGCCAGCAGAGGGCAGUGUGAGGGACCAUUCCGGUUACGUGAUUCCGGUUUUGCACUGAGUUGUUGGUUGAGGCCUAGUCACGGAAGAUUGGGGCUGUAAUAGAAGUACGGAGCGUGUUAUCACCUACACGGGGAGAAGCAAGCUUGUGCAAGGAGCGUUGUAGGCGGACACCGGGAUGGUGCCGCAAACAGCUAACAUGGAUGAAGUCAUUGACAAGAUCGACAUGUCUCUUGAUGACAUUAUCAAACUGAACAAGGAAGAACAAAAUAAAGCCGCCUUCAAUGGGGGAGCGCAGACCAAUUCCUUUCAGUGGUUUCAGAACAAAUGGGGUUCUCGACAAGCAACAGACAAUGGCAUACAGGGAAGGAAAAAUGGCACGUUCGGGGUUAAAACCGGCUUGGCAUUACGGAAAAUGAAUUCAUGGAAAGGUGUCAGCCCGCUAAACCGCCCUCCACUUAGCCUAAGGAAUUCAGAAGGUCAAUGGUCACCCUUCAGGAGGCGAACAAAUCUUUCAAGACGUCUAGGGUUUGUACCUUCUACGAAGAGAAAUUAUUUUCAUAGUAGUUAUACUCAAGCAUCUACUUUUAGAAGAGGACUAAGGACAAAUCAACAAAGAGACCAACGACAAGCAACAUAUUUCCAGAAGAGAGGCAUAAAGGUUCAGGCUACUAUGGACGUAGAGCAGCUUGAAGAGUUGCCAGAAUUAACGAGGACUCAUCCUUGGAGGACAUCUAUGAACAGCAGUGGCAUUCUGACAGUAUCCAUCGAUAAUCCUACUGCAGCUUUGCUCCCUAGUACAAGAUUGCCUCGACCCCCACUGCCCUUUUUGUUGAAAAAGGAGGGUUCGGAGCCUAAGAUCCCCAAAGGAGUCCCUUUAGACUUUGAUAUAAACAGCGUUGUAAAACAGACUGGGAUCACAUUAAAUGAACGUUUCAAGAUUCUAAAAGAACAAAGACUGUCUCAGUCUAUGAGCAAAGGCAGCAGAUUUGUGACUGUAGGAUGAGGCCUGUUUUGUGCCUAGGAUUGUUGUGUUUACGUUCCUGUUUUUUGUUUUUUCACUUGGCUUUAACAGCAGAGACGAAGACUUGUGUCUCCUAUGCUGAGGAUGCGGCUCCUCCGUUCCUUAUUUUUUGAGAUAAACGAAGUGGGAAAACUUUUGUAUUGUUUUUACUGUAAAUACACAAAGGAACAUUUGACCAUAGAAAAGUGAAGCGUGACUUGGAAUUGUUUAGCUCAGGUUCUCUUCUAAUGUUUUUCUGAAGAACCAAGAUGAGUACAGAGUACAUAGUCACUACUUUUGAUUUGACGGACAUAAAUAUUUCCAUACUAAGAUGUAGAAUUGUUUUUUUUAUUUUUCCUUUAUUGUUAUUGUACAGUUUUAAUGUACAGUUUUAUUUAUGCUUUAUACCGUGCCCCACCUAACUGAUAAUUGAUGGCUAAAAUGACUCCUAAAAACAAGGCAAGACAUUGUUCAACAUAAAUAUGGUUUCAUCCGCAUGAAGAGCUUCAGUAGAAGUCCUGUUACUGCAUUUCUAUUACUCAUGAAAACUGAGGUAAUGUCCACUGAGUGCUUCUGGCACUCUUUCAGUUGCGUUUGUUGGGUCCAGUUUAACUGUCUUUGACAUCCUGUUGCUAACCCUAUUUGAAGAAUAAAGGUAUUUGCGGUGUUUUUGUUCAGAGCCAAAGCACACCUUUUGGAAUGUUAAGAAUACCACAAAUGAGAAGUAUACUGCGAAAUACAGCGUAGCAUUUGUGAAAUUCUGGAAGAUUUGUUAACAAGUGUCAUUGGGAUGUUGUGUCCCCCCCCCGCCUGAGCUGAGGUUCUAGGCUUGCAGCACCCCUAUGGAAGAUGCUUUCCAUAACGUUUGUUCAAAAUGUUGAAUGACCCUUUUGCUAUGAUUGUUCAAUUCAGUUGAGGAAACCAUGUUGUAUAUCUUAUCUUUCCUUUCUUUUACAAAAUAAAAGGUUAUGCACAACU